AUGGACGAUCUCAGAUCCGCUUUCCUUGCAUUCUGUGACUUUACCAAGAAGGGCUCAACAACAUGUAAUGAUAAAACGCUUAAGAAAAUCUGUACUGAUUGCAAAUUAUACUCAAAAGAAAUGGAUCAGAACCGAGUUGACAUACAAUUUCGAAAACACAUUGGAAACGCUAAGAAGGAAGUGGAUUACGAAGGCUUUGUUAGUUUCAUUGAGGGUUAUCUCGGAGAUUCCUAUGCAAGUGCACGCAAAAUCCCCAAAGAAGAGGCUGUCAGAGAGCUAAAAGAAAAAAUUGCCAAGGGCAGUCCGGAUAAAAAUCAAGCUACCUCAAUCGCCAAGAACGAAUCUGUCAACCGACUAACGGAUGUGUCAAAAUAUACCGGCGCUCACAAGGAACGCUUUGAUGCAGAAACUGGCAAAGGCAAAGGCAUAGAAGGAAGAGAGAACAGAGUAGAUGAUUCCGGUUAUGUUCAAGGCUACAAGAACAAAAAUACAUACGAUAAGACUCACGAUUAG